AAGUUCGUGGCUUUUUAGGCAAAAGACCCUAUUUCCCGGGAACGUUUGUUUCACUUUACGGUUCUUUGCAAUGUUUCGGCGUCCUCCUCGUGAUCCUUUAGAGAAUUGUCAGUAUGUGUAUUUGAACGAUGGACUUCGUCGCGUUCCUCCAUACGAAUAUGUUUAUAUCACAUUUGCGAAGCUUCGGUGGUACGGAAAAACGCUACUUGAAGUAUUUAAUUCCGAGUUUCGUGACAGAGAGCCUGGUUAUUAUGAGAGAGCAAUUCGUAAUGGACAAGUCAAAGUAAACAACGAGCCUGGGAAUGUCGAUACUGUCAUUCAGAAUGGUUAUGUUAUUUCACACGCUGCACACAGACACGAGCCUCCGGUGACGGACGAACCUGUGCGAAUUGUCCAUGAAGACGAAGAAUACGUUGUCAUCGAUAAACCAGCCGGCAUUCCCGUGCAUCCUACCGGUCGUUACAAUCACAAUACCGUUCUCCAUAUCCUUAUGCAUGAAAACAAGUGUCCCUUGCUGUAUCCUUGCAACAGACUCGACAGAUUGACAUCGGGCUUGAUGUUCUUUUCUAAAACUCCUAAAGGCGCCGAACGGAUGCGGGUGCAUAUGAUCAGCAAGGAUUUGCAAAAGGAGUAUGUUGCUCGUGUCGUCGGAGAGUUUCCCGCAGAAAAAACUAUUACCUGCGAUGCGAAGCUUCUUACUGUCGCACCAACACUUGGACUAAAUCGAGUCCAUCCAGACGGCAAGGAUGCCGUCACGAUUUUCAAGCGCCUGGCCUUUGAUGGGCACACAUCACUUGUUCACUGCAAACCACUGACUGGUCGGACCCAUCAAAUUCGUGUUCAUUUGCAGUAUCUCGGCUAUCCUAUAGCCAACGAUCCCAUCUACGCAAACCUGCGUGUUUGGGGACCGUCGCUUGGUAAAAACGGAGAAGCCAGUACGGAGUCUAUCAUGAUGAAAUUAAACGAGAUGGGAAAGACUGAGACGGCUUCUCCUCUUUAUCAAUACGAAUGGUACACAAACGAGACUUCUGAAGAGGCAAAGUCUCGUAGGGACAAGCGCAUGGGCGAAUUGCUGACUGGUGAGCAUUGUUCGGUUUGCAAGUCUCCAUUGUACAGUGAUCCCACGGCUGAAGAACUGAUUCUUUGGCUGCAUGCUUGGCGUUAUACAAGCGAUACGUGGUCAUACCAAACUUCUUUGCCUUCGUGGGCAAAGGCCGUACUUGAUAAGGAUCCAGCAGCAACUCCGCUGGAAAGCCUCGAACAAAAAAGCACAUAGACAUUAUUUUUGUAAGCACAAAAAAAAAAUAAAUUGGUUAGGGGUGAAAGCACUGCGACGAAUGCAAUAAACCGUAGUACAAGACUCGUUAAGACGUUUUAUCUCUAGUGA